CUUGGUUCCGGCAUGCCUUUACGGGGGGUGGUUAACCCACCUGGGCUCGGCUCACAUGCUCGUCCACCCGAUAUCUCUCCUAUAGCACCCCGUCUUACGAGCCAAUACUUCUUGUAUUCUGAUAAUUUGGCAGCGCGUACAUGUCCUCCUGUUUAUCGACUUAGAGCUGAUCGUCUGGCGAAUCAGAUGGGGCAAGCUGUGGUGAGAACAACGUAUCGAUGUCUUACGACAGCUCAGCUAUCAGAAUACGCCUUUCUGCCCGUUACCAACGUGAGCUAG